AUGAAGGCCCUUUUCUUCCAAGGCUUGCUCGCCAUCAUCGCGGCAAUCCCAGCCGUAGCUCGGCCGCAUCCAGACUCUAAUCCAGACUAUGUAAUUGUUGGUGGAGGGCCCGCUGGCUUUGUCCUGGCCGAUCAGCUCUCGCAAAACCCAAAUACGCAGGUAAUUCUGCUGGAGGCCGGACAUGAUGGCAUCGAUGACAAGAACAUAAACACUCCUGCAUACUAUCCUCUCAUCUCUGGAUCUUUCUGGGAGUAUUCAUCUCAGCCAGACCCCAACCUCGACGGUCAUGCACCAGGCCUCCAACAGGGCCGGGUCUUUGGAGGGGGUACAGCGGUCAAUGGCAUGGCUUACUGCCGAGGCUCUGCCUCUCUCUUCGAUGAAUGGGCCCAACGGUCAGGCAAUCCGGGGCUGGCAUGGAACUCGCUGCUAGAGGAUUUCAAAGCCACAACCCAUUAUACCGACCAACCAGCCGACUAUCCCCAGAUUGUCAACAAGUCUGCUUACGGCAAGGGACCACUGGAAGUCAGCCGAGUCGCGACAGGCACGGGCUUUGACGAACCCUUUGCGCAGGCACUGGAAAGCUCCCUCGGCGUGCAUGAGGUCGAUCUGAACGACGGAACCGGACUGGGUUUGAGCAAAGGGCUGCAAUCAAUUCGCGCUUCUAACCGCACACGGUCCUAUGCACGCAAUGCCUUUGGUUUCCGGUUAGAAACCAGACCCAAUGUCCAAAUGAUCUCAAACGCGUGGGUACAGCGCAUCGGAUUCGCCGGCCACAAGGCCAUCAACGUCACCUACCUUGAUACCGUGUCCAAUAAGGUCCACGUGCUCCCCUCAAAGGAGAUCAUCGUCAGCAGCGGAGCAAUCAACACACCCAAAAUAUUGAAACUUUCGGGCGUCGGACCCGCCGCGGAGCUCUCCGAGCUAGGCAUCCCCGUCGUGGCAGACAUCCCUUCUGUUGGGGCCCAGCUCUAUGACCACCAAUUCGGAGUCGUCGAGGUUGAAGUCACGAGUGACAUCAUGACCGUCUGGCAAUGGGCUACGAAUUCCACUGAAAAGGCCCUGGCAGAGGAACAGUACAAGACCGAUGCCUCGGGUCCCCUGGCUCUAGACAACGGACUACUCUUCGCCACCUUCCGCGUGCCAGACUCCGUCUUCGAUGGCAUCGAUGGCUCCCACUAUACCUCCUUGCCUGCAGAUCGCCCGCAUGUUCUGAUGGAAUAUAGUACUGUGCCCUUCAUCGCAACCACUCCCAACAUCAGCACUGUCACGGCGUGGGCGAGUCUCGUUCAACCCGAGGCCGCCGGGACCGUGACUCUCAACUCCUCCGACUACCGCGACGCCCCGAUGAUCAACUCCAAUUACUACGGUUCCCCGGCUGACAAGGCCGUUAUGCUUUGGUCUUACAAGAAACUGCGCGAAAUUAUGGCCUCUGAUCCCCUCAAAUCGGUCGUCAUCAAGGAGUGGUAUCCCGGCCCGAAUGUCACGUCUGAUGAGGACGUCUGGUCUGCCAUCCAGAAGCAAUCAUUUUCGUUCCACCAUCCGGUCGGCACGGUUCCUAUCGGUAAGUCUCUGGACAAGAACUGGAGACUGAAGGGUCUGAAGGGCAUCCGCGUUGUCGACUCCAGCACCUUCCCAUAUCCGCCGACUUGUCAUCCGGAGGCAUCGGUGUAUGCGCUAGCGCAUCGCGCCGCGGCAGAUAUUCGCCUAGCAGAUAGACGUCAUUGA